AUGCCGGAUGACGGCUUGAUAAAGUCGGUCAAGCGUUUUGACAGCACGAAUUUCCAAGUAUGGAAAUUCCAGCUCACUGCCGUGCUGUUGGCAAACGAAAUUUUCGACGUCGUAGACGGCUCAAGAACGAGACCACCCGACGAGCAAGGAGCCAACGCGGGAAGAAUGAAAACAUGGAUCAAGGACAACGUAAGGGCAAUGGCCAUCAUAGCUUCGGCGAUGGAGGACGAACAAGUAAAUAGCAUCUUAGUUUGCGGUACCUCAAAGGAAAUGUGGGACAAACUGAUCACGAUGCACGAGCAGAAAUCGGCGUCCAACAUAGGGACCUUGACUCAAAGAUUCUACUCGUACAGGAUGAAUCCUACGGAUUCAGUGAUACAUCAUGUCACGGCAGUGCAAAACAUGGCAAGGCAGCUGAUAGAUCUCGGCGAGAAGAUCUCUGAUUCUGCAAUCAUCGCAAAAAUCCUAUCCAGUUUAACGUCGAAGUACAGUGUUUUCAAGACGGCUUGGGACAGCGUUGACCCCGAUCGGCAAACAGUCUCGUAUCUGUUGGAGCGGCUCAUAAGGGAAGAGCAAAGUCUCAACGACGAGGGCGAUUCGGUGGGCGCAUUGGCAGUCGCGAGAAAGAACAAUUCGAAAGGAAAUCUGCUAUCCAAGGACGAAAAAGACAAAAAGAAGAAGAGGAGAUCUAAGAUGAGUAUCGAAUGCUAUAGGUGUCAGGAAAAAGGACACUACGCUAGCCAAUGCCCGAAGAAGAAAAGCCAAGGUGAUAACAAAAACAGUAGUAGCCAAACAAGUGCCGGGUGUGCGUUCGUAAUCGGAUCGCGGGAAAAAAAGCGGGAAAAUGCCUACCGCGAGUGA